CGGUUAAAACGUUUUAGCGUGCUAAAAGAAGUUGUUUACAUUCGCAAAUUUUCAAGAAAAACUCGCAUUUCCGCCAAUUUCCUCCAAAAGAAAACCAAGGAAAAAUGUCAAUUGGUGUUCCAAUAAAAGUUCUGCAUGAAGCAGAGGGGCAUAUUGUGACGUGCGAAACCAUCACAGGUGAGGUCUACAGAGGGAAGCUCAUUGAGGCAGAGGACAACAUGAAUUGUCAGAUGACCCAGCUCACAGUGACCUACCGCGAUGGUAGGACGGCUAAUUUGGAGAAUGUCUACAUCCGUGGAUCCAAGAUACGCUUCCUCAUACUUCCGGAUAUGCUGAAAAAUGCUCCGAUGUUCAAGAAACAGGGUGCAAAGUCUGGAACUGCUGGGAGAGGGAAGUCUGCGAUACUUCGAGCACAAGCUGCUAGGGGGAGAGGAAGAGGCGCGAGUGGUGGUAGAGGUGGUCCCGGAGGACGUGGUGGAGCCUGGCAGGGAGGGCCUACUGGUGGAAGGGGUCGAGGUGGUCUGUAAAGCUGGCUUUUUUUCAUUUAAUUCUCAUCUACUAAUUAUGUAUUAACAGCUAAUAAUGAAAGAAUAAAAUUUUCAAGACCGGAA